GCAAAAAUGUAAAACGUGUUAACACCCGAACCCUUUUCGACCUCGAACUGUGAAAUCGUUUUACGCCAUAUGUACUGAUUUGUGAAUUUUGGGAGACAUGGGAGACCCGGUACCUUUUUAACGCACCGCAAGAUUAAUCUCAUAAAAUUAGACAAAAAACGCUACUUUGGUUAAUGUUCCCGUCGCGGUUCGUAAGAACGCGCCUCCGGCAGAAAAUUAAGAAAAAAAAAUAGAUCAAUAGUGAAUUUUUGGAUAAACCUACAUCCUCGCAUAAAAGAAUCAAUUCUAUAUGCAAAAGAACAAUUAGGUAACUAAUUGCAUCCAUUUUUCUAUGUAUCUUCGGAUUCAAUCGAUUUGGGUGAGGAGUUGCCAGCAAGACCCAUAGAAGACGGUUUCCCUAAGGACAAUCACACACACAAAGAUUCCUGUUUUGGGAGAUGUGCUUUUAUGCGGUGCUAAUAAAAUGCAUUGAAAGAAUGCCUUGGCUUUAAGUAAAGGGACGCUAACUUAGGCGAAACACCAUAGGAAGAAAACCUCUGUGCACUAUGGGUCUCCCCUCGGAAAACCUAUGAAUGAAAACUACAGUGUGAAUUGAAACAUCUCAGUAGCACUAGGAAAGGACAUCAACCGAGACUCCGUUAGUAGUGGCGAGCGAACGCGGAUUUGGCUAAUAGCGCACUAACCUUUUUUGUAUUCUUUAGAAACAGUUUGGAAUACUGUGCCAAAGAGGGUGAAAGCCCCGUAUUUCAUCGUUUACGAUAACGAGUUUGCGCUUGCUAAGUAAAACACAUCCUUUGUGUUAGAACGUUGUAUUAAAUACAGCAGGGGGACCGCCCUCUAAGCCUAAGUACUUCUUAAAGACCGAUAGUGAACAAGUACCGUGAGGGAAAGGUGAAAAGAACCCUAAGAAAGGGAGUGAAAAAGAGAUCCUGAAUUUCGAUGCAAACAAUCAGUCGCCCCUGAAGGGGACGGCGUACCUUUUGCAUAAUGGGUCAGCGAGUAAAUGGACACAGCAAGCUUAAGCUGUUAAGUGUAGGCGUAGCGAAGUUGUUUUUUUAGUUGUCUUCAUUUGACCCGAAAUCGAACGAUCUAGGCAUGGACAGGUUGAAGAGAGUUCUAACGAGCCUUGGAGGACCGAACCCACGUAUGUGGCAAAAUACGGGGAUGAUCUGUGCCUAGGGGUGAAAGGCCAAUCAAGUUCGAAUAGCUGGUUUUCCGCGACAUCUGUUUAGGCAGAGCGUAUAAAGAAAGUCAAUGAUCCGAGGUAGAGCACUCAAUGGAUUAGGGUGGCCCAAAGCUUUACCGACUCCAAGGAAACUCCGAAUGCGGUUUCAUUUGAAGUUUAUACAGACAGACUUUGGGUGAUAAGAUCCAAGGUCGAGAGGGAAACAGCCCAGAUCGUAUGCUAAGGUCCUUAAGCAAUCACUUAGUGGAAAAGGAAGUGAUCGAGCGAUUACAACCAGGAGGUGGGCUUGACUCUUCCAGGCCCUCCUGUCUUAGUCUUUGCCUAUCGAGUUAGAUAGAAAAAGAUCUAAGAUAAACCAAUUUGGCUAUAUGCUGAGAACGCCUAAAUAGAAAAUAUCAGGGGCCAAUCAGCAGACUCAACUGGGUCUCAACGACUACACGCCAAAAACUUUUUCAAAAACUACGUAAUGAAUUUAUGAAUCCAUUCUAUAUUAGCGGACUUACGCAAGCUGACGGCUCUUUUUUUGUUCUUUUUGAAAAAAGAAAAGUUGUUUCUGCGAACCAGAUAAAACUAAAACCAACAUUCACUAUAACUUUAGAUCUUGCCUCGAAAUCCGCCCUUGAAGCGAUAAAACACUUUUUUGGUGGUAUCGGCGGGCUUUGCGAGAAUAGGCAAAACCAUUCAAUAGAAUUUAGAGUAAACUCAAUACCACAAUUACGGAAUACUAUUAUCCCGCAUUUUAUGAAAUAUCGAUUAUAUGGGGAGAAAGAACAUAGUUUUUUACUAUUCAGCCAAGUGGUAAAAGCCAUUUCGGAGAAGAAAGAUUAUGAUAAACAAGAGCUCGCGCAAUUAGUCAAACUCUGUUUCGCCAUGAAUCGUUCUACUCAAAGAACACAAAGCCAACUUGAUUCGCUCCUUCAAGAAUUGCCCAUGACUGCAUUUGCUGCUCCUGAAGUCGCACCUGCUUCGCAGCCUCCCGCUGGUCGAAGAGGAAGCUUGAAUAAAAGUCUUCUCUCUGAUACCCCGCCUGCUUCGACGCAGCGUAGGUCGAACCUGCAAGACCUUUUUCUUGUGGGGCUUAUUGAUGGAGACGGCUGCUUUUCAGUGAGCUUUUUAGCAAAUAAGCGAAUCUUACUUGGUUUUCAUAUCACCGGUGCUUUAACCAAAAGUCAAUUGCGGCUUUUUUUUAGGGUCAAGCGGCGUUUUGAUCAAUGUGGUUCAAUUACGAGAAAACGGGGGACUUCUUCUAAGAGCUAUUGCCGCUAUCAAGUGGAUUCUUUCAGGGAUAUAAAAAAAUGCAUAGUACCCUUCAUGGAUCAGCACACUUUGUAUACCGAAAAGGCUAUUCAUUAUGCAAAGUUUAAAAAAGUGGUAGAUUUAAUAGAAAGGAAGGCUCAUCUCAACCGGUCGGGCUUUUUAGAGAUUGUGGAGAUAGCUUAUGAUAUGAAUCAAGCGGGUAAGCGUAGAAAGUUGACUAAAGAAGAAUAUUUACAGAAAUACUGUAGUUUUGAUCCAAAGUUAUGAUAUAGUCUGAUCAAUAGGUAGCGUAAGCUACUGUAUGAUUUGUGGAAGCUGCCAUCCUUUGAAGAAAGCGUAAUAGCUCACUGGUCUAGCUUCAUUGCACCAAAAAUGUAUCGGGGCUCAAGUGAUUCACCGAAGCAACGAGACUUAAAAAGUCGGUAGCGGAACGUUCUGUAAGUUGAAGAAGAUUGUUGAUAACAACAGUUGGAAAUAUCAGAAGUGAAAAUGCUGACAUGAGUAACGAAACAUCAUGUGAAAAACAUGAUCGCCGAAUGUUCAAGGGUUUCUGCGUUCAGUCAAUCUGCGCAGAGUUUUGCGGUCCCUAAGUUGACUCCGAAAGGCAGUAUUACGAUGGGUACACGAAAGUGACGAGGCUUUUUUUUACUUUGAAAAGAUGCCUUUAGGCUCCGUGACAUUCGCUUGUUUCGCAAGCGAAACAUGGAAAACCUUUUGGCUGUUAUUGGAUCAACUUACAAGGUAAGAGCUUCCAAGAAAAAACUUCGUGCUUCUUUUAAGGAUUCUUUUUCCCCAAAAGAAGUCAACCGUACCCCAAACCGACACAGGUGAACAAGUAGAGUAUACUAAGGCGCUUGAGAGAACCAUGUUGAAGGAACUCGGCAAAAUGACCCCGUAACUUCGGGAGAAGGGGUGCUUUGCUCUUUGCCAUGCAAGGAGUAAAGUGGCACAUACCAGAGGGUAGUCGCCGCCCUCUUUAAAUUUCACUAUAUGCGGGAACACCCAACGGGCAAUCCGCAGGAAAAAACACACACACAAAGCAAAAUGACCUCAACUCACACAUAUACCAGAACUUGGCAAUUUGACUUGGUAUUCAUUAAAUGAAGAAGGUGAUAUACUUAAUUUGACAUUACCAGCUCUGACGAGCCUGUAUUUCUAUUUUUAGACUAAUGCCACAACCUGAACACACUUAUGUUGGAUCCACCAACAACUUAAAGCGAAGAAUUCUGUAUCAUAGAUCAGAUUUUGCUCGUAAUAAGAAUACUUGCCCUUUGUUCUACCAAGCAAUUCGUGAGCAUGGUUGGCAGCAGUUUGAGUUUGCUGUAUUAGAGCAUGUUUUGGUUGAAGCCCACUUGCUGCAACGAGAACAAUAUUAUUUAGAUAGUCUUUUACCGCAUUUUAAUGUAAAUAAGUUAGUAUGGUCUGAAAAGGGUAUAUCGCGUUUUCCUCAGGAUGCGCAAAUUGAUCGGAUCAAGUGGCCUAGAAAAUUGUCGGACGAAACUAAAGCCAAGAUUAGCGUAGCGCGACAAGCACAAAUGCAAGACGAGGCUUACGAAUUGAUUCGCCAAAAAAUGCGAGAAAGUCGCUUAGGCAAGACUCUGUCUACCGAAACACGAGAGAAGAUGCGCCAAGCUCAUUUAGGCAAAAAACGUGGGCCAUAUAAACAAAAGAAAAAAGAUUCCUAGAAAUGAUUGUGCCUUUUCUGUUCUGUGAGGCCUCUCCUGUAUGGGAAAUAGGAUUAUGGCAGCACAUCUCGGCAUGGUUACGACAGUAUGGUUGCGCUUAUUGUGUAUGUGUAAUUCCUCAGAGACUCUAGGUGAAAAAGACCAUUGAAUGGCUUAUGAUAGAGUCCACGUAUUUAUUCACCUCCGACUCCUCGGUAUCGCAGUCCGGCAUGAUAUACUACUUUCUUGCUCGGCAAAAAAAGGUAAUACCUAUGGGGAGGAAAGGCGAAUGAGUAUAAAUAAACCUGGACGACUGUUUACUAAAAACACAGGACUCUGCUAAGUGGUAACACGAUGUAUAGGGUCUGACACCUGCCCGGUGCUGGAAGGUGAACAGGAGAAGUCUUAACAGCUUUGAAUCGAAGCCCCAGUAAACGGCAGCCGUAACUCGUAAGGGUUAGAUGUGUAGUAAUACAUGUUGAUACAAUCCGACUAAAUAAAGGGAUCUCUU